CACAAACCUACAACAAGAACCUGCUUUUUUUCUUCACCAUCCAAGCUUUUAAAAAUGGCACCAAAAGCUGUUUUUCUCUUCCUAAUGUUACUUAGUUUCAUGUUUUAUUCUUCAAAAGCUAUAAGACAUAAUCAGUGGCAGUUCUUCAGCAUCAUGAAAGCCUCGUUAUCGGGAAAUCCGUUGUCCGAUUGGGAGGUAAAUGAAGGGGAAGGUUACUGUAAUUUCACAGGAGUUAGCUGCAACAAUGAAGGAUAUGUUGAAAGUAUGAACUUUUCAGGUUGGUCACUCACCGGUAAUUUCCCGGCCGAUGUGUGUUCUUAUCUACCGGAGUUACGUGUUCUCGAUAUCAGCCGCAAUAACUUCCGUGGAAACUUUCUUAAUGGUGUCGUUAACUGCUCUGUCUUGGAAGUGUUCAAUAUGAGCUCUGUUUACCUAAAUGCAACAUUUCCUGAUUUAUCGAAAACGACAUCUUUACGUAUACUCGAUUUGUCAUACAACCGUUUUCGAGGUGAUUUCUCUAUGUCAAUUACUAAUCUUACGAAUCUCGAGGUGUUGUACAUCAACGAAAACGAUGGAUUGAACUUAUGGCAACUCCCGACGAACAUUUCCCUGCUUACUAAGCUCAGAAUCAUGGUCUUAACAACUUGCAAGUUGUAUGGUCGGAUCCCGGCAUCGAUAGGAAAUAUGACAUCACUUGUUGAUCUUGAAUUGAGUGGAAAUUUCCUUUCAGGUCAGAUCCCAAAGGAGCUUGGAUUGCUUAAAAACUUGCAGCAGCUCGAGCUAUACUAUAAUCAGCACUUAUCCGGAACGAUACCUGCAGAACUCGGGAAUCUGAUAGAGCUCAGAGACUUAGACAUGUCGGUCAAUCGUUUGAGGGGAAGCAUUCCAACAUCGAUAUGUCGACUUCCUAAACUUCAAGUCCUACAACUAUAUAACAACAGUCUUACAGGCGAAAUCCCGGGCGUUAUUGCAAACUCGACAACCUUGACCACACUGUCACUCUAUGGAAACUUCUUAUCAGGACAAGUUCCUCAAAAUCUGGGGCAGUUAUCACCUAUGGUUAUUCUAGACUUGUCUGAAAACCAACUAUCGGGUUCGUUGCCAACUGAGGUUUGCCGUGGAGGUAAAUUGCUCUACUUACUUGUCUUGGAUAACAAGUUAUCUGGGAAGUUGCCUGAUAGUUAUGCAGAUUGUGAGUCUCUUGUUCGAUUUCGAGUUAGCAAUAACUAUUUGGAGGGACCAAUACCAGAAGGACUUCUUGGUCUCCCUCAUGUCUCAAUCAUUGACUUGGCUGAUAAUAAUUUUACGGGCCAUUUUCCGGGUUCAAUAGGAAAUGCUAGGAACUUGUCUGAACUUUUCAUGCAGAACAAUAAGGUAUCAGGUGCUAUACCUCGCAAAAUCUCUCGAGCUAUCAAUAUGGUAAAGAUUGAUCUCAGUAACAAUCUCCUGUCUGGUUCAAUACCUACAGAAAUCGGCAAUCUAAAGAAACUAAAUUUACUUGUAUUACAAGGUAACAAGCUCAGUUCAUCCAUCCCGAACUCCCUUUCUUUGUUGAAAUCUCUCAAUGUCCUCGAUCUUUCUAGCAACUGCUUGACUGGGAAUAUCCCAGAGAGCCUUAGUGAAUUGUUGCCUAACUUCAUCAACUUGUCGAACAAUGAACUUUCCGGCCCGAUUCCUCUCUCGUUGAUCGAAGGUGGAUUGAUGGAAAGCUUUUCAGGCAAUCCAGGUCUUUGUGUUACAGUUCAUAUUCGAAAUUUCCCCAUAUGUUCUUCACACGCUUACAACCACAAGAAGCAAAAUUCUAUGUGGGCAAUCAUAAUAUCAGUCAUUGUCAUUACUAUUGCAGCUCUCUUGAUUCUAAAACGUUGUUUCAGUAACCAAAGAGCCGCAAUGGAACAUGACGAGACCUUGUCUUCAUUGUUCUGUUCAUAUGACAUGAAGAGCUUCCAUAAAACAUGUUUUGACCUACAUGAUAUCCUCGAAGCAAUGGUCGAUAAGAACAUAGUAGGCCACGGAGGAUCCGGCACUGUGUAUAGGAUUGAACUCCGAAGUGGAGAUGUUGUUGCAGUAAAGAAACUAUGGAGCAGAACAACAAAAGAUUCUACUUCAGAAGAUCAGUUGAUUAUAAAAAAAUGCUUGAACACCGAGGUCGAGACUCUCGGAAACAUAAGGCAUAAAAACAUAGUCAAACUAUAUAGCUACUUCUCGAACUUCGAUUGUCAUCUAUUGGUUUAUGACUACAUGCCGAAUGGAAACCUUUGGGAUGCUCUUCAUAAAGGAUGGUUCCAUUUAGAUUGGCCAAACCGACAUCAAAUCGCACUUGGGGUUGCACAAGGCUUAGCAUACCUUCACCAUGAUCUAUUACCACCAAUCGUUCAUAGAGACAUCAAAUCAACCAACAUCCUACUUGAUAUCAAUUACCAACCCAAAGUUGCCGAUUUCGGAAUAGCCAAAGUAUUGAAAGAUUCAACCUCUACAAUCAUAGCAGGCACAUAUGGUUACUUAGCCCCUGAAUAUGCAUAUUCGAAUAAAGCGACAACGAAGUGCGAUGUUUAUAGUUUUGGGGUGGUGUUGAUGGAACUAAUAACAGGGAAGAAACCAGUGGAUGCAGAUUUCGGAGAGUAUAAGAACAUUGUAUAUUGGGUUACAACAAAGCUGGAUACAAAGGAAGGGGUAAUGGAGGUCAUAGACAAGAACUUGUUGGGGUCAUUUAAGGAUGAGAUGAUUCAAGUUCUUAGAAUUGCAAUGUGUUGUACAUGUAAGAAUCCAUCUCAACGUCCAACAAUGAAUGAGGUUGUUCAAUUGUUGAUUCAGACAGACCCUUGCUUAACAGAUCCUUACAAGUUUUCAACAAAGACCAGAGACGCAUCGAAUGUCACAGAGAACCAACCAGAAGAGGUAGAAUCAUAACAACUUAAAGCUUUUUCUCUUUUGAUUAAAUUUUGCUGAUUAGUGGCUUGUAGAUUCUCUUUCCGUUUUCUUCUCUUGUAAGGACCCAAGGAAUUUAAAUCACUAUAAACUGCUUUAUGGCAA